UGUUUACUUUUAUAUGUAUAAUGAUACUGUUUGAUCCUUGAAUUAAAGUUAAGAUUAACGUUGCGAUUAUGAUUAUCCUUUGUCUGACUAAAUAUAUUUGAAGUAUCAAUUACAGUAGAAUUUUUGAAAGAUUCUUGGCUGUUAAACAAAAAACUGGUUCCUUUAUAUUUCGCUCAAUUAUCAUAGAAUCGUGAAACUGACUUUCACUUCAAAUUUUGUCUGUUUCAGGAGUAACAAGUACCUGCAAAAAUCAUCCAUCAGCCGGAUAUGUGCUGUCGGAGGGUUUUUCAUUAGCAUUCCCGUCUUUCUAACUGGUAUGAUAUUGUAUACAUUCAUCCAGUUUCAUUCGACGCCGGCAAUCGUUACGUCGGUUUUCAUAGGCCUUGGCAUCGUGUUUUGUGGAUGCGCAAUGGUCCAUAACGUCUUCGUGUGGCAGAGGGAGAAGACGAAUGCCGUGAAGGCGUUAGCGCGCGAACAGUGCGAAGCGGCGGUACAGCUGCAGCGUCAGCAGCAGCUGCAACAGCACCAGAACCAGCCACAGCUACAACAGCAACAACAACUACGUGGCCCGUUAACCAUCCACCAUGCUGGCUGCCCAACGAAAGUCGGGCCCGUGACGAACCAACUAAAUACCAGCCACGCAACGCACGGCCGAGCUGCACAGUACCAACACUAUCAUCACCAUCAUCAUCAUCGACACGUGUCAAUGUCCCCACCGCCCUUGUUGCUCUCAUCGCCAGCUCCGAUCGCGGCGACGCACAAUCAUCUGAACGUGAGCGGACACAGAAACGUGGUUACGCCACCGGAUACACCAGCAGAUAGAUCGCCACCGAGUCCUGGAAAUAAGCUAAAUAGAUCGCAGCAUUUGCCACGGGAAGCAACCGGCAGCGUCAGUCCUGGUCUUCCGGCUGCCACAUUGGAUCUAAGUAGCGCAGCAACCACCAAUAGUCCGCAUGAAUUGUCCACGUUAGUUUAGAAAUUUGGUCCGAACAUUAUAUCUUCACAUAGGAUUGGAGAUUAAUAGUUGAUAGUUAAUUUACACAUCGAUCUUUUUAUUUGUAAAUUGGGUCGUGGUUUAGAGUUGGUUUGUAAAAAUUCGGUCCUAAUUGUUAAAUGAUGAAUAUUGAUUAAGAAUAAUAGGCAUUGAUGUACCAAUCUUUUUUUAACUUAUAUACUUGAGCACACGCAUUGGAGAUUUCACUUUUAUUCAGUGAAACAGCAACUUCAUUACUCGCUUAUUCAAUACGGCAAUUGCAUAUAUUUCAUGGACAUUUUAACAAUGUUUUGAAUAAUUUCUAACGGUACAAUUGUGAUGAAGUGAAAAAAAUCGUGAUAAGAAACAGAGAGAAAAGUUGCUCGUUAAUGAAUAUUGACCAGAAAUAAAGUAAUUUCUAAAGAAUAUCCCGAAGACGUCGUAGAUAUUACGAAAGGAAUGAUUAAUUUAUACCCGCGUGUAUCUUGCCAUUACCAUACUAUUAUUAUUAUUAUUAUUAUUAAUAUUGUUAGUAGUACUCGAUUACAUUAUUAUUAAUAUUAAUAUUAUUGCCUUAUUAUUAUUAAUGUUAUGGAACCUCUAGUCCUAGGUU